AGCCCUGGAAGAGCAACACAGAGGGGGAGAGCGUGGCGAGAGAAUGAAGAAACCAAUCGCCUGGGAGAAGCAUGAGGUGGCAGUGUGGCUCUCGGUUUAGAGGGCUUCGGCCGGCCGCCGCCCCAUGGGCAGCCUUGCUUGCUCUGGGCCUGCCCGGCUGGGUGCUGGCUGUCUCGGCCACAGUGGUGGCUGUGGUCCCUGAGCAGCAUGCGUCCUCGGCCGGCCAGCCCCCGCUGGACUGGCUGCUCACAGACCGAGGCCCCUUCCACCGUGCUCAGGAGUAUGCAGACUUCAUGGAGCGCUACCGCCAGGGUUUCACCACCAGGUACAGGAUCUACAGGGAGUUUGCUCGCUGGAAAGUAAACAACUUGGCUUUGGAAAGGAAGGACUUCUUUAGUUUGCCUUUGCCUCUCGCCCCAGAAUUCAUCCGGAACAUCCGCCUCCUUGGAAGGAGACCCAACUUGCAACAGGUUACUGAGAACCUGAUCAAAAAGUACGGCACGCAUUUCUUGCUUUCUGCCACCCUCGGAGGAGAAGAGUCCUUGACCAUUUUUGUGGACAAGCGGAAACUGAGCAGGAAGGCAGAGCCCACGGGAGGCGUCUCUGCCGUGGGAGGCAGUGGGAACAGCUCAGCCGUGUCCUUGGAGACCCUGCACCAGCUCGCAGCGUCCUACUUCAUCGACAGAGAGAGCACUCUGCGCCGGCUCCAUCACAUCCAGAUAGCCACCGGGGCCAUAAAGGUCACAGAGACCAGGACCGGUCCUCUGGGCUGCAGCAACUAUGAUAAUCUGGACUCAGUCAGCUCUGUCCUGGUGCAGAGUCCAGAGAACAAAGUGCAGCUACUAGGCCUGCAGGUGCUGUUGCCUGAGUACCUGCGUGAGCGCUUUGUAGCUGCAGCUCUCAGCUACAUCACAUGCAGCUCUGAGGGGGAGCUGGUCUGCAAGGAGAAUGACUGCUGGUGCAAGUGCAGCCCCACGUUCCCAGAAUGCAACUGUCCUGACGCUGACAUCCAGGCCAUGGAAGACAGUUUACUACAGAUCCAGGACUCCUGGGCGACUCACAACCGGCAGUUUGAGGAGUCAGAAGAGUUCCAGAUCCUGCUGAAAAGGCUCCCUGCUGACCGGUUCCUGAACUCCACAGCCAUCUCUCAGUUUUGGGCUAUGGACACUAACCUGCAGCACCGCUACCAGCAGCUGGGAGCCAGUUUGAAAGUGCUGUUCAAGAAGACCCACCGCAUCAUCCGCCGGCUCUUCAACCUCUGCAAGCGCUGCCAUCGCCAGCCUCGAUUCCGGCUGCCCAAGGAGAGGUCCUUGUCCUACUGGUGGAACCGAAUCCAGUCUCUCCUGUACUGUGGAGAAAGCACCUUCCCUGGCACCUUCCUGGAGCAGAGCCACAGCUGUACCUGUCCCUAUGACCAAUCUUCCUGCCAGGGCCCCAUCCCAUGUGCCUUGGGUGAAGGGCCCGCAUGCGCGCACUGUGCUUCAGACAAUAGCACGCGCUGUGGAAGCUGCAACCCAGGUUACGUGCUGGCCCAGGGGCUGUGCCGGCCCGAAGUGGCCGAGUCCUUGGAGAACUUUCUUGGACUGGAAACAGACUUGCAGGACCUGGAGUUGAAGUACCUGCUGCAGAAGCGGGACAGCCGCAUUGAGGUACACUCGAUCUUUAUCAGCAAUGACAUGCGUCUGGGCAGCUGGUUUGACCCUUCCUGGAGGAAGCGCAUGCUGCUCACCCUGAAGAGCAACAAGUAUAAGCCUGGGCUGGUGCAUGUGAUGUUGGCCUUGUCCUUGCAGAUCUGCCUCACCAAGAACAGCACCCUGGAGCCUGUCAUGGCGAUCUAUGUGAACCCCUUUGGGGGCAGCCACUCUGAGAGUUGGUUCAUGCCUGUGAAUGAAGGCAGCUUCCCUGACUGGGAAAGGACUAACGUGGAUGCUGCUGCCCAGUGCCAAAACUGGACGAUAACCCUGGGGAAUCGGUGGAAGACAUUCUUUGAGACAGUCCAUGUUUACCUACGGAGCCGAAUCAAGUCCCUGGACGACAGCUCCAAUGAGACAAUCUACUACGAGCCCCUGGAGAUGACGGAUCCCUCCAAGAAUUUAGGCUACAUGAAAAUCAAUACCUUACAGGUCUUUGGCUACAGCCUUCCCUUUGACCCCGAUGCCAUCCGGGACUUAAUUCUCCAGUUGGACUAUCCAUAUACACAAGGUUCCCAGGACUCUGCGCUUUUACAGCUUAUUGAGCUUAGGGACCGAGUGAACCAGCUUUCUCCACCUGGCAAAGUCAGGCUUGACCUUUUCUCCUGCUUACUCCGGCAUCGGCUCAAGCUAGCCAACAAUGAGGUGGGCAGGAUCCAGUCCUCCCUGAGGGCCUUCAAUUCCAAACUGCCAAAUCCUGUGGAGUACGAGACUGGCAAACUCUGUAGCUAGUGGAGGACCUACCCCAGUGCUUAGGCAGGGAGUGGAUCUACACCUCCAGGGUGCGAAGAUAAUCCAAGCCCUCACCUUAGUGCCAACAGGGUGUUCCCAUGAGUCUCUCAGCACCCAGAUGAUGGGACCUCAAGGCUUGGACUGAAGCAGAUCAGAGAGAAAGAAACAGCCACUGCAUAUGUGCACCUGUGCACACACUCUCUCUCCCAUACACACACACACACAUAUACGCACACAGAGACACACAAACACACACACAUACACUCUCACAGGGAGGCUACAACUCAACAGCCUCAGAUC